ACACUGAUCACCCCCAAUCCACGACCUUGCUUCUUCAUACUGUUCCAGCCCUGACAGAUAUGACAUAUCUUGGCUCUGUAGCAGGAUUUGAAAGCCGUGCUGCGGCUCCCGGAAUGCCUAAGUACCUCAGGUUCCCAGCACACAGCACUUCGGUUCGUCCUCCACAAUCGCUUGGACGAUGUCGCUCUACGAACCCUCGGUGCGGAGUAGCACUUGGUCGCUCAUUUCAAGGCGCGUCUCGCAGCGCUUCACCACGUUGGAAGGAUGGCGCGAAAUCGGGCUGGGCGUGUUUACCAUGGGCCAUAAUAUUCGCAUGUUCUCGAUCAGACACCAAUUCGACCCUGAGAGCUUUCGGAAAGAGGAGUUUACGUUUACCACGCCUCGAGAUGCGCCGCCGGUGCCGAGCAUCGCUUCUAUCGAGAAGUACCAGGACUCCGCUGGAGGCACGAUUGGGAAGGCGCCAUACCACGUAUUUACGUACGGAGAGAAAUGGCCGCUGGUGCUCAUCGUCGGAGCUGCUGCAAUCUUUCCUGGUCUGACAGCGACUAUCUACCUGCCGGCGUUGGAUAGGAUCGCACGGGACUUCAAUGUCUCUCUCGAAACAAUAAACCUCACCGUCACCUCCUUCCUCCUCGUCCAAGGAAUCGCGCCGCUCUUCUGGGGCCCACUCUCAGACACGCUCGGCCGACGCUCCGUCCUGGUCUACUCUUUCCUAAUCUACGUCGCUUCCAGUCUGACCCUCAGCUUCUCCCCAAACUUGCCCGUCCUUUUCGUCUUCCGGAGCCUGCAGGGCGUCGCCAUCGCCUCGACCAUAUCUGUCGGGUGCGCCGUCAUCCAGGACAUCUCGCCGCCGCCAGAGCGAGACCACUACUACAGCUUCUACUGGGGCGCCAAAAGCAGCAGCCUCGUCCUGGCGCCGAUCAUAGGCGGCCUGUUCUCCAACUUCCUCAGCUUCCGCUCCAUCUUCGUGUUUCUGUUCGGCAUGUCAGUCGCCGUCUUCAUAUUCAUCCUGCUCUUCCUGCCGGAAACGCUGCGGAGCGUCGCGGGCAACGGCACCUUGCCGCUCGCUGGGAUGGAUCGGCCGCUGAUCUGGAGGCUGAAGGUUUUCGGCAAGCCGGCACAUGAGAAAGAGGAGCUGCUGCCUGGUGUCCGGCCGAAGUUGGCGCUCAGGAAGUUUGUGGAGCCGUUCCGUCCGCUGAAGGAGAAGGAUAUCAUCGUCAGCCUCGUCUUCAGCGGCGUUAUAUUCGCCAUCUGGAUGGUGGUUACCGUGAGCACGGUGGGGCUGUUCAAGGAGACGUUUGGAUUGAACGAGGCAUUCCUGGGCCUGGUCUUCCUCCCGAACGCUCUCGGAACGAUCGUCGGCUCCACAGUCAUCGGAAACAUUCUAGCCCAAGACUUCCAAACCGCCUGCUCAGCCUACAAAGCAGCCCACUCUCUCCCCCCGUCGGCCGUCGUCUCCCGCCACCCAUUGCCAGCGGACUUCCCGCUGGAACACACGCGGCUCGUCCGCCUCCCCGGACUCACAGUGAUCUUCGUCAUCGCGCUCUCCUUCUACGGCUUCACGCUGUACUACCCCUCAUUAUACUCGCUCGGCGGCUGGAUCGUGCUCCCGCUCCUCCUGCAAUUCCUCAUUUCGGUAAUGGCGCACGCCAUCUGCGGCAUUCACCAGACGCUAAUCCUGGACCUGUGGCCGACGGACAGCAGCGCCGCGGGCGCGCUCAGCAACCUCUCGCGAUGCGUGCUCGCUGGCGUCGGAGUGGCGGUGGUGCAGAAGAUGCUGGACUGGAUCGAGGUGGCGCCGACGUUCCUGGCUUUGGCGAUGGCGGUCAUGGUGCUGGUCCCGCUGCCGGUGGUGCAGUGGUACUGGGGCGGAGACUGGAGGAGGGCGCGGGACGCACGGGCUUCCGCUGACGCUGUAGAGCAGCUUGAAAAAGUCUAA